AUGAAGAAAGAGCAAGUGAUUUUGAUGUUAUGCACAAUUGUGAUAGCAAUCCCAUUGGUUCAAAGUGUUUCUGAAGGGCCAAAAGCAGUGCAAAAUUGGUUCAAGGAGCUCCCACUCAAAAAACAAAAGUCUACAAACCUACAUUUUUUUUUUCAUGACACCAUCGCCGGACCAGGUCAAACUGCAUAUCAAGUAUUCGACUCAAACAUCACCUCAACCAGCAUGAGCCAAUUUGGUCUUGGCUUCAUGUUUGACAACCCUCUAACCGUUGAUCCGGAAGCAAGCUCCAUGAGGAUCGGUAGGGGCCAAGGGCUAUUUGGAUCAGCAUCCUUGGAAGUACCACGGUUUCUUAUGAACUUGAACUUUGUGUUUACAGAAGGGACUUUCAAUGGUAGCACCCUACAGGUUCUUGGCACUAACCCUAUCUUGAGUCAGGUUCGUGAAAUGUCUGUUGUUGGUGGUACAGGCGUUUUCCGACUAGCUCGUGGGAUUGCCACUGCUCAGCCGUAUUUCCGUAAUGAUACGUCGACUAUUCUUGAAUUUGAUCUUGUCGUGCUUCAUUAUUAA